AUCACCUCUACAGCUGUCAACUGGGCUGAUGCAAAGAGACGAGUGCUGCGAUCAUACAGACACUGGCUUCGAGCGUCCCCUGAGAUCCAGACCAUGUACUCCCUGAACAUGCCCGUCUCAGCCAUCCGGACGAAGAUCCGCCAGGAAUUCGAGCAGCACCGCUAUGUCAACCAGCUGAGCGUUGUCGAUGUCCUGAUUCAGAAGAGCAAUGCUGAGUUCCAGGAAACCCUGAACUACUGGAAGCAGCUGUCCCACGUCAUGAAGUACUUCCGUCCUGAGGAGGACCCUACUGCUCGGCUACCGCCCAACUUCAUCUCCGGCUUCCUGGAGGGCCGUAACUAA